CUAAAGCAUUGGUGGGGGUGGGGGGGCGCGCUCAGGGCCAUCUGGCAAGUGGCAACUAUUUCCGGUCUCCAGAACCAAACGGAAACAGGCAUGGCGGACUGGUCUCAACUCCACCCCGAGCUCCUAGACUUCAUUGCCAAAAAGUUUAAAAUCUACACGGACUAUGUCCGCUUCCGAGCCGUGUGCCACAACUGGCGAGCCUCUGUCCCCAAAACGCCGCACCACCUCCCCACUCAACUCCCAUGGCUCAUGCUUCCUCAAUCCCAACCUCACCACACCCACCGCCCCUUCUUCAGCCUCUCCCUCAACAAAUUCCACUUCCUCCACCUUCCUGAAGCGUCCCACCGCCGUCGCCGCCGCGGCUCCUCCCACGGUUGGCUUCUUAUUCUCGACGAAGCUCCUGAAAUCUUUCUCCUCAACCCUCUCACCAGAUCCAAGGUCCAUCUCCCUCCUCUCUCCACUUUUCCGAAUGUUGUCCGCUUCAACUUCGCCGACGUCGGCCGCGAGUACGCUCUCCGGACCUCGUCCGGCAAUGUCUACACUCGGAGUCUCAAAAAGAUGAGAGAUUCGUUUAUCAAGAAAACAAUUCUCUCGUCGAGUCCUGCCAAUGGUUCCGAUUUCAUCGCAGUCGUUAUUCUAAAUCAAACCGGCGAUUUGGCCCUUUGUAGGAAAAGUGACGAUUCUUGGACUUUUUUGGAGGAUGCACAAUCGUAUUCUGAGGAUGUUAUAUUCCAUAGAGGAUUGUUCUAUGCUGUGAAUAAGUACGGAUCGAUUGCUGUGUGUGAUGUGAGCGGUUCGUCUCCUAGGGUUUCGAUAAUUGAAAUGCCGCAGCAAUUUGGUGGGGAUUUGCAGUAUUUGGUCGAAUCGGGGGAGGAACUGUUGUUAGUUACUAGGUAUCUAGAUCUUACAUAUGAUGUUGAGCCUGAUCAGACUAGUCUGAUCUAUAGAACAACACGGUUCCAAGUUUGUAGGCUAGAUUCGAAAGCCCCAAGAUGGGAGGUGGUGAGCAGCCUGGGCGAUCGGGCAUUGUUUCUAGGGGAAAAUUUGUCAUUGUCUUUGUCAUCUGUGGAUUUUCCGGGAUGUAAAGGGAAUUGCAUCUAUUAUACGGAUGAUUAUUCUGAGGAUAAUUAUGAUGGCAUUGGUGGUGAACAAGAUUUAGGCAUUUUCAACUUAGAAGAUGGCAGCAUCGAACCAUUACCAUGUUCACAUUUUCGGAUACGCUGGCCUCCACCACUCUGGGUUACGCCCAAUCCAUGUUGAAUUGGGGUUAUCUUGGUUGUAACUUGUAAGUACAAUUGUUCAUAUUCUGUAUCUAUGCCGAAUUUGUAUAUUCUUGUCAUCGUAGUAAUCAUAUCUCACAGCUGAUAAGCUACUGGAGAAAAGUUGUAUCAUAAUUGUUGGUGUUCACUAUUGAAUCUUCUACAUGUAUUUCUUUCCCAUUCAUAUGUGAUAGUAUAAAUCUAAAUGUGGUAAUGAUUGCUAGGA